AUGAAAAAGAGCAAAAGUUUGCUCAAAAAUCUACAGAAAUCUGACAAAGAAUAUGAGAAUAGCUUGAUAAAUUGUACUCAAUUUGGUAAUAUUUCUGCCUCUGCCUUGUUGGCGUUGGGAUCUAUUGACGACAGUGGAUCAAUAAACUUUGUUGGGAAUAUUUUCCAAGAAAUCAACAAUUGCAACUCAAACUACACAAACACUUUAUUCAAAUGUAGACAAUCCAUUGAUCAGCUCAUCGAUCAAGAGAAUCACUAUUAUCAAGUUGAUAAAGAUAGGCAAUUACUCAUCUCCCAAGUUAUAAAGGCUAGCUCGAAAAAGUCUAAUCAAAAUAACUCUACAUCCCCCGAUAAACUCAAUGAAGCUCAAAAUGAGUUGAGAGCUUGUCAAUUUCAUUUAACUGAACUUGAACUCGAUUUAAUGGCAAGUAGGCAACGUAUCAUUAACUCCACUAUUCAGUUAAAGCUGUCUGCUUUAUCUGAGUUAGGUGAAAAUUUUACCAAACUAGCAAAUCAAGGCUUAGAUCACUUUAAUUCUGUUCCUACCUCAGCAAAUUUACUUGAUAAUACUUCUAUUGACUCCUUGAGCCCUUCUCAAUCUGCUUCUCAAAUUAACGUUGAAUCUAGACGCAACUCCAUUGUUAAAUCUAGAUAUUUAAGUGAUUCUCACCAACAAAAGCCUUCCAUGUUCACUGAACAAUUUAGCGUUUCUUCCAUUCAAUCCCCUUCCCCCAAACCUUCCCCUCAACCUCAAAGACAACCUUUAUUCCCACCACCACCAAAUCAAUCCAAACAAUCUCAACAAAAACCUGCUGGCUUUUUAAGAAGGUUGUUUGGAGUUGGUAGUAAGAAACACUCUAAUCACCUCAACCAAGUUAAACAAGAUAAACAAGACAAAGCUGAGAAACCUGACAAAGCGGAAAAAGCUGAGAAACUCUCAAAACCUUCUAAAAAGAACCUUUUUAAUGUUGCUUGGGGAAGCAAAACUUCAAAUCUUGACCCUGAUUCUCCUCCUUCUCAACCUAAACAAUCUAAUGGCUGGCAAACUAGAACUACCUCAAACAUUAAUUCUUUAGAAAGAGGCGAUUCUAGUGAUGAUGAUGACGGCAGUAAAUUCGUUACUGUCACCAAUAAAAAUCCACAAGCAGCAAUUGCUGAAAAUAUCUCUCGCCAAUCUUCUGCUACGUCUGCAAAUCAAACUCAAAGGAAAAUUAAACAAUCUUCUCGUCGUCACUCCAGAUCUAACAGUCUUGGUGAUAGUCAACGUCCCUCUUCUUUACCUGAGAGACCUUCAUCUGCCGCUAGCUUACCAUUAAAUGCCCAUGGAACUAAGAAGACUAAAAAGCCUUCAAAGUAUUCCACACUUACAUCCUCCCCACAAAUUAAUAGCAAUUCACUUACUACAAAGCCUACAUCUAAGAAUCUUACUUCUAAUGGUACUAAUCAUCGCAAACCAGCUAACAGUACUACUCCACGUAACCGUAAAGUAGUCGUACAUCCAAAUCUUAUGAGUAUCGUCGAGGGUGAUAAUCUUGAUCAGGAUUUCAAUCCGUCCUCUCAUACAAACGGUACAAACGGUAUAAAAGUCACAAAGAAAUCUAAAGGUAAACAGCCGGAGCAUUUACCUUCAUCAGUACAUAGUUCCCCAAUUUCAUCUUUAAAUAAUCAAAGUCUUGCUCCUAUACGCAAGGAUAGUAAUAGAUCGAGUAGAUCUGAUCAUAUGUUGCCCAAAAAUGUUAGUUGGGCUCAAUCACCUGCUCCACCGCACUCCAUAUCAUCUCAGAGGAGUUUAAAAUCAAACAGAGAAGAAAACGAUGAUUCUUCUGAUGAUGAUAAUGGUGCGUAUAAUGCUGCAAGAUCUCAACUUACACCACUUGACUUUUCCACUCUGAAAUAA